AUGAGAACAGUCUAUGAGGGCAUCCUCGACAUGCUAACUUUCUUUCUCUCAGUGCUCUUCUCGAGAGUAUCUCUCGCCGGCAAUGCCGUGGACAGUUUCUACCCUCCCCUGAACCACACGACCUAUAUCACCAAUGCUUCGUUCGGUACCUAUGGCGGGGUCUUUCAUGCCCCGUCAGACCAGGCUAGUGACACUGGAGACAGCGUUUACAAUUACUGUACUAUGCCUCAUCCGCACGUAGACACCUAUUCCCUGCCUUCGCCAGUGGCAAACGGCUCCGUGGGCGCGAAGUUGGUGUAUCUGGAGUAUAUACAGAGACACCAGAGGCGGACGCCAUAUAAUAUUCUACCGGGUGGAGAGAACCAAGGAUACAACUGCGACGCGAUCCACCCACAUCUCUUCGCAGCCCCUUCAUCUGGCGCUCCAGCACCAUUGCAGGCCUAUGGACAGGCAUAUACAGAUCCCACCAAUCCUUUCUUGACAGACUAUGUCAACGGCUCCUGCCAGUACCCGCAACUCACAAUCGGCGGGUAUCUCGAUGGGUACCAGCACGGGCGUGAUCUGCACGAGGUAUACAGCAAGAAACUAGGUCUUGUCCCCUCCAAUCUUACCCAUGACGACAGACGUGUGUGGCUACGAUCCAGCACGUCGCCGCUGACACAGGGGUCAGCGGGCGGCGUCCUUCGUGGUCUAUGGCCGAGCCGCAAGGAGCCAUUGCCGCUCCAUCAGCAGGCUGAGAGCGUCGACACAAUUAACCGCGGGUUUCCAUGCGCGAAACGCGAUGCACUUCUAGACGCGAUCCAGUCAACAACCGAGUGGAAGGAACAUCUUACUGUUACUAGCGGUUUGCGGAAUAAGCUCGCGGAUAUGUUUGAUGCACAGGAAGAAUCCUCCUGGCUGGACACCUGGGAUCACUUUGCGGAUAAUUUUCAGGGUCGACUGUGUAACGGCUAUGAGCUGCCUUGUCGUCUUCAGGACCAGUCUCAAUGCGUGUCAAGGCAACAAGCAGAAGAAGUCUUCCGCGCGGGAGACUGGAUGUACAACUACUGGUGGCGGAAGAAUCCGAAUGUUACCGAGUACAUCCAGACUGUUGAAGGUCUCUUUAUUGCGGAGCUUGUGAGAAACUUUGAACUAGUGCAAAGCGGGAGCUCAGAAGUUGUGUAUUCUCAUACAUUUGCGCAUGACGGAGAUGUUGCGCCGCUCCUUGGGGCGUUGGGUAUCAAGGCGCUGAGGUGGCCGGGAAUGGGGUCGAACGUUGCGUUUGAAAUUUGGGCGACAGAGACGGAUGAGUUCUAUGCGAGGGUGUUGUAUAGCGGGCGGACUAUAGAGACAGUUCAUGGAGUGCUCGAGUGGAUUCCCAUACAGAGGCUGAUUGAGAUUCUCAGCCCCUUUAUUCCGGAAAAUAUCAUUGCUCUAUGUAAAUGA